AUGGGUGCCAUUCCACGGAAGCGAGUGAACCCAGGGAGGACCACCCCGAAGCAGCUGAUGGGUGACCCAAGACCGCCACGCCAGACGAAACUAGGGGACCGACGGGUGGUGAGAGCUUCGAAUUCCACUGGGACGAAACCCAGCAGGUCUCACUUGCGAAUUGGACGGCAUCGGGGCAGGUGGAGCACAGACGAGCUCACCAGCACGAAACGCGACCAAGUGACGACCGGGACUCGACAGAAUCUCGCACAACGACGGAUAGCGGACGAACAGCGGACAGACGGACGAACGGUGGACGGACUAGGACUCGGACACGCCGGUGUACGAGUACUGGGCCAGUUGGACGGACGGAAGGCGGACAAGGACGAGCAGGAGGCAACGGUCUCCGAGCUUCUUGACGACUGCGACGAGUAGGGUGACGCACUCUCGGUGCUGAAUCCAAGUGGUCAACGGGUGGCAACUUGUGCUUGGACAUCGACGAACGAAUUGAACGGACGAACGGACGGACGGACGGUAGGGAUCACGGCUGGCGUAGCUAACUAGUCGUAGCCUACAAUUGUAAACGAAACGGAAUACAAAUAGGUCGUGUGUCAGUACGAUAUACACCGACGGGGUAGUGAAAGUUUCCUACCGACAGCCAACGG